AAUUUCGAAAGAAUCUUAAUCAUCGCGAUCUUUUGAAACUGGAAUUUUUCGGAAUGAAAAGGAACUGGAAUUUUUAUAUAUCGUACCAUUUUAAGUCUCGGAAUGCUCUCCGAGGCACAUUUUAUCAUUCAUUGGAAAAUUCAAAAAGUUUCCAUCCUUUUCCCGACCUUUCUCGAGGAGAGGAGCGUCGACAUCGGGGGGGACAUCGCCAGCCAAGCGCUCCAAAGGUCCGCCCAUUCUCUGGAACGUUGGGCGUAAUGUAAUAAGAUGAACAGAAAUAGAAGUUAUGUGGCGUGGCAACGUUGCCCAGUGUUGCCGCUAGUGGGCUCUUGUGUCUUUGGUCACGUUCCUUUUCCAGCACGCGGUUUGCGAGACGAAACAUUCUGAAUUUUUCCGCUGCUUUUAACUUAUAAGAUGCGUCCAUUUGCCCACAGAAUUUUGCUUUCUCAAGCAAAACAUAUUUACUUCAAGCUCUUUGAAUUCAUCGAAAGAAUGACCGGGUGCAUUGAACAGUUCAGACUUCCUCUUCCGAACCGUAUACGAUCAGCAGCAUCUAUAUCAUCCCAAUUUAUUGAAAUAUCAGACGAAGUUGACAAUAUUGAUUAUCGAUUUGAGUUAGCUCGGUUAGAGAGCUUCAAGAAUUGGCCAUGUGCAUGGAUGAAACCGGAAAAACUUGCGGCAGCUGGGUUCUAUUAUACUGGCGAAAGUGACAAGGUAAAAUGCUUCGAAUGUCAUGUAGAAAUAUGUCAGUGGCAGCCAGACGACAGUCCAAUGGUCGAUCAUCAGCGAUGGUCCGGAAGAUGUAGAUUCGUUCGUAAUAUCCCAUGUGGCAACGUGCCCAUCGGCGCGGAUCCUAACAUGAUUCCAACACCUAUGUCUAAAGGAUAUGAUGUAUGCGGACCUUACGGUACAAUCUACAUGCCUUUUUCCGGUCCCGAUAACGAAGACUUUACGGAAAACAUGAAAUUUAACUUAGGAUUAUUUAACUCUCCUAUGAGACCAAAGCAUCCUGAAUAUGGCACUUACGAAGCUAGAUUAAGUACAUUUGAAACGUGGCCUAAAGCAAUGUCACAAACUAAAGAAGAAUUAGCAGAGGCUGGCUUUUUCUACACAGGAAAUGGUGAUCAAACAUUGUGCUAUCAUUGCGGAGGAGGACUGAGAGAUUGGGAGCCAGAAGAUGAUCCUUGGGAACAACAUGCUAAAUGGUUCGACUAUUGCUCGUAUUUGCUUAUGACCAAAGGAAAGGAUUAUGUGAACAAGUUCAUUGGAAAGACAUAUGCUAAACCGGAUAUCGUAAAAUCAUGCACAACCACUGAACAAGAUCUGACAUCUAAUGAAGAUGAGUGUAUUGCUGGAAGUUCUCAAAGCUCUACCAAUUCCGAAGACAAAGAGAAUAUAACAUCAUUUAGUACAGGAUCAAGUGAGGCCAAUAUUGAAGAACAAUCUACUGUUAAAGCAUCUUGUGACAAGCCAGUAGACAAAGAUGCAAGAAUGUGCAAAAUAUGCUACAGUAGAGAACUACGAAUGGUAUUUAUGCCAUGUGGGCAUUUAUUGGCUUGUGCAGAGUGUGCAAAGAACAUGAAAAUAUGUGGAGUGUGUCGGAAACCUGUGAAGAUUACCGUACAGGCAUACAUUCCAUAGUGUCUUUAAAGACUGAUAAAAUAAAACUAAAUGACAUGACUCAUGUAGUAUACCGAUCUGCAGGUACAGAUAUUACUAAUGAGAAUUUUAAUUUCCCAUUAGUGGAAUAAAUUUUUACACGUCUCGAUCUAAUAAUGAAAAAUAUUCUGCACUGAUGUGAUGAAUGGGUUUUGUGGAUUGUUAUGCAAAUAAUGUGUUUCUAUAUUCGAAUAUAUAUCGGUAUGUAAUAUGUGAAUAGAAAGCAGCAUAAAACAAAUUGUUAGUCAGUAUGCAAAACAUAUGUGACAUAUCACAGAUUUUUAUAUUAUAAUUAUUAAAUGAUGCGAGAUGUACAGAUCACUUUAUUAUAAAAAGUGAAAGAUGGGCUGUACCUGCAGCGGGAUGUUGCUAUUUGAAUGUUUUUGAUUUCAUAUUAUGCGAUAUGAAAAAUAAAGGCAAGAUUCUUCUGCCAUUCUGUAUUCAAAAUAUAAAUAGCAACAUAACAUGAAGUCUAGUCAUUAGUGUUAUAUAAUGAUACACAUGGAUGUAAAACAAUUAUUAUUAAUUAAGUGUAAAAUUAUGCCUAAUCUAGAUCUAAGUUAUAAUUAUUUGUGGAAAAAUAUUCAAAAGAAUUCUUUUCAAUAGUUCAAAAGAAAGAUUCGAGAAGCUCUCUUCUACAAAACUUCAAGUAUUAAAAAGAAGAUCAUUAUCUAUUCAGAUUUAUGAAAAAUUGAAUUUAAUCGGCCAACUUUUUUCUUCAACUUUUGUUCAUCGUAUAAUUUGUAGGAGAUAUAAUUCAUUGUAAUGUUUCUGCACACACACACAAAUAUAUAUAUAUAUUAUUAGAGUCCGGUCAUUGUUUAUAAAAAUAUACAUAACAUAUAUAACUUUGCGUUAAACAUAAUUAACUUAAGCAUUCCAGAUUGAUAAAAUGAAUUAUAUCAUUAAUAAUAUGUAAAGUUGGCAUAAAUUUAAACUUUCUUCACUGCACAAUGGAAUGCAAUGCUAAGUAUUUCUAAUAAUCAAAUAUGAUUGACAAUUAGCAUCCCAUUGAAAAGGAAUUACAAGGCAAAUAUUCGUUUAUGUAAACCUGAUUUAAACUUUUGUAGGUAGUACAUAAAUAAAUUUUUUUAAUUUAAUAAAUUUAGGAUUAUUACUGUUGAUUAAGGAACAUUAAACAACUUUAGCAUACCCAACACAUAAAGACCAACACAUAAAGACCCAACACAUAGUUUCUCAUAAUACUGAAUAUUUACAAAAUGUGAAAAAUGUGUUUUCUAAACAUUUGUUGAUAAAUCGAUUAAUAUAAAUUUAAAAGAGAUAUAAUAUUUCU